AAGGGGAGGGGAGACUUUACGACGGCACUCUCCUUUUACGACAGUGCCGUAUUCCGAGGGGCGAGAUACCGGCUCUUGUGGCGCUUGGGGUCUUCUCAGCCGGCUGAGGGAAGAAGACGAAGGCGGAGGAGGAGGGGGAGGAGGAAAGCGGCCUGCACCCUCAGCCUCCGCGCCCCUGGGCCUUCCUUCCCUUCCCCGCCGCCCCGUCCUCCCUCCCGCCUAGCGACGCCGCCCUUUCCUCCCUCCCUCUUUCCCUUCCUCUCACCUGGAUGGUCUCCUCCUUCUCCCCCCCGGUUCCUGAGGCGAAGGCUCGAGGAGUCCAGGCCUCUGAAUGAAGAUGGACUAUGACUUCAAGGUGAAGCUGACCGGGGAGCGCGAGCGAGUGGAGGACCUCUUCGAGUACGAAGGCUGCAAGGUGGGCAGGGGCACCUACGGGCACGUCUACAAGGCCAAGCGGAAGGACGGGAAAGAUGAUAAAGAUUAUGCUUUAAAGCAAAUAGAAGGUACUGGAAUUUCUAUGUCUGCAUGCAGGGAAAUAGCACUGCUGCGUGAGCUCAAGCAUCCAAAUGUAAUUUCUCUGCAAAAAGUGUUUCUGUCGCAUGCAGACAGAAAAGUAUGGCUUCUCUUUGAUUAUGCAGAACAUGACCUCUGGCACAUAAUAAAGUUUCACAGAGCUUCUAAGGCAAACAAGAAGCCAGUUCAGUUACCCCGGGGAAUGGUGAAAUCUCUAUUAUAUCAGAUCCUAGAUGGUAUUCAUUACCUACAUGCUAACUGGGUGUUACACAGGGAUUUGAAACCUGCUAAUAUUUUAGUUAUGGGUGAAGGUCCUGAGCGAGGAAGAGUAAAAAUUGCUGACAUGGGCUUUGCCCGACUAUUUAAUUCACCUUUGAAGCCUUUAGCUGAUUUGGAUCCAGUAGUUGUAACAUUCUGGUAUCGCGCUCCAGAAUUAUUGCUUGGAGCAAGACAUUAUACCAAAGCUAUUGAUAUUUGGGCUAUAGGGUGUAUAUUUGCAGAACUGCUAACAUCGGAACCAAUAUUCCACUGCCGACAAGAAGAUAUAAAAACUAGUAAUCCAUAUCAUCAUGAUCAGCUGGACAGAAUAUUCAAUGUAAUGGGAUUUCCUGCAGAUAAAGAUUGGGAAGAUAUUAAAAAGAUGCCUGAGCAUUCAACGUUAAUGAAAGAUUUCCGAAGAAAUACGUAUACCAACUGCAGCCUUAUCAAAUAUAUGGAGAAACACAAAGUUAAGCCAGAUAGCAAAGCAUUCCACUUGCUACAGAAAUUGCUUACUAUGGACCCAAUAAAGAGAAUUACCUCAGAACAGGCUAUGCAGGAUCCUUAUUUCUUAGAAGAUCCACUUCCCACAUCUGAUGUGUUUGCAGGUUGUCAGAUCCCAUAUCCAAAACGAGAAUUUUUAACUGAAGAAGAGCCUGAUGACAAAGGAGACAAAAAGAACCAGCAGCAGCAACAGGGCAAUAACCACACAAAUGGAACUGGUCAUCCAGGAAACCAAGACAACAGUCAUACGCAGGGGCCUCCCUUGAAAAAAGUCAGAGUUGUUCCUCCUACCACUACCUCAGGUGGACUUAUUAUGACCUCAGAUUAUCAGCGUUCCAAUCCCCAUGCUGCCUAUCCAAACCCUGGACCAAGCACAUCACAGCCACAGAGCAGCAUGGGAUAUUCAACUACCUCCCAGCAGCCUCCACAGUACUCCCACCAGACGCACCGGUACUGAGCUGCACCUGAAUAAAGUCAAUGCACUGUUGCUAAGGCUGCAGGACUGGCUGUGCUGCUGUCUGCCUGGAACCUGGCUUUGGGCCGCAAGAAUGUACUGUAACUUGUUGCAUUUUCAAAAUGUCUGAUAGCCAAGUUCCACUACUUUUCACAGGCUGGGAGUAGUGGCUCCCUCAGAUUGUACCCAUUUAUGGAAUUAGACUUGAAAAGAAAGUACUAGCACAGUUUGUGUUGUGGAUAUGCUACUUCCAUAGUUUACUUGACAUGGUUCAGACUGACCAAUGCAUUGUUUUUCAGUGACAGUCUGUAGCAGUUGAAGCUGUGAAAUGUGCUAGGAGCAAGCAUUUUUGUUGUUGUGAUGAAUUCUAUUGAUGUUAACAACGUUAUCUGACCAAUAGUACGCAAAAUCUCUUAACUGGUAUUUGAAGCAUACAGUAUGUGUUAAUGAGAUGAAAACAAACUAACCGUGGCUGCAAUUGAGAGAAUUUUGAUAUACAUUGAUUUUUAGUGACUUUUUUGUGGGCUGAUUCAUUUUCCACAUUGAUCAAUGUUUUUGACCAACAAAUUUGCUGCAAAGAGAUUUUUUAAAAUUAAAAGAAACAUGAGCAUUUUUCCAGCAGAUUUACAAGCCUCCCAAAGAUUAAUUUUCAACAUAUGUUUAUUUUGUUCUCAAAUCUAUGACUUGACUGGUAUUAAAGCUGCUAUUCGAUAGUAAAUGAGUGUGUUAUUGAGAUAAAGCCGUUUGGUUCAGCAAACAAACUAAGAUGAUUGUCAUAGGCAGUGUUUUAUUUUUCCUGUUAGUGUUAACUGAUUUGUAAGCAUGCUUGGAAUUUAAAAAGCAUGAGUGAUGUUCCCAACAAACAAACAAACAAACAGUGCGGCAUUCAUUCAAAUAUUUUUGUCAUGAUUUUUGAAAGCUGGCUUGAUGUAGUGGAUAUUAAAUUUUGUUAAUUAUUUUUAAAAUAUCUUCGCACAUUUGUUUAGGGGCACCCUUAUUAAAGCAGAGGAUUAAGGUGUUAGGAGAACCCUAGAAUUUGAGGGAAAGCUAUACCAUACAAUGUACUGUAUCAAACUAUUUUACAUGAAUGACGCAGGUAUUCUGAAUUUUAAAGAAAAUCAACAUUGCUAAAAACAAGGUGUUACGUAAUAAAAUUAUUUUUCAUAAAUCUG